AUGCCUGUAGCUCGGCUUCGAGAAGCCAUUCUUGAAUAUCUUUCUGAUGCACGAUCCGACUCUGUUGAGGUUCAGCAGAAAGCUCUGUAUAACUUGGCUUCCAUGACUAAGGUGAGUCUCCAAAACCGGAGCUUGCUUGCACAGACAGAAGGUGCCAUAUCAAAUUUUAUCAUGCUCACCAAAUCUUCCUCUCCGAUCAUCGAAACACUCGCAUUGGCCAUCCUCUUCAAUCUCUCGCUAAAUCUUGAUCUGAAGCAGUCUCUUGCAGAUAUGAAUACCAUUCUUCGCCUAAAUUCAAUAAUCAUCUCUCCAAGAUCCCCAGAAUCAAGCCGAUUAGCUUGCUCUUUAGUCUGCAGCUUGGCAAUGCUGGACAAGAAUAAGGCUAAAUUUGGGGUGGCAGGUACCAUCCAGAUUCUUGUGGAUGCUAUUUCAGGACCCCGUGGUCCUGCUUCCCAUCAUCUCCUCAGUUCAUUAGCUGAGCUUGUGCAGUUCCAUGGGAAUUGCACAUUAGCUGUACGUUCAGGAGCAGUCCCAGUACUCAUGGGCAUAAUAGAGAGCCCUGAUGGUGAGGAUUUAGCAGGAAGUUCACUGGCUAUUCUAGUACUUCUUGUUAGGUUCGAGGAAGGAUUGAAUGCCAUAAUUGGAAGAGAGCGAAUAGUGAGUUGCAUGGUUGAAGUUUUAAAACGAAGAUGUAUGUUGAGCAAGGAAGGUGCAGGUGAAAUUCUUCUUCGUAUAUUUGAUGAAAGUGAAGGGUGCGUGAGAGAUGCUCUAAGGCUGCCAGAGUUAUCGACAGUGCUAGCUGAUCUCUCUGUGAGAGGAUCAUCGAAGGCUAGAGAGAAGGCUGCUCAGCUAAUGAAGAAGAUGACAGAGGCUAGCUCGGAUCCUGGUAUUGAUGGAAAUUCAAUGUUUCUCCAGUGGUACUAG